UAAUUUCAACUUCAAUAAUGACACAAGAAUUAACAGCCAUCACAACAAAUUUGAAUAAAUUUGAUAAACAGCAUCACAAACACUUGCUACUUUUUCAGAUAACUAAACAGAAGUACAGAUUUCACAUUUUAAUCAGUUUUUUAUACGCUGUUGUUUGGCUCAGACUUGGGUUAUACAUUAUAUUAAUUGUCUGUUAUAAUACUUUUUAUACACGAGUUUCUCUGCGUUAUUUUCUUCAGUUUGAAUCCUACUUCUUAAUUUCUACAUUCUGCAUCCUCUUUUCCACUGAUGCGGUACAGUCGUACCGAACGCUCCCUCUCUCCUUUACGUUGUGGACAGCGUGUGCGUCCAGCUGUCUUUCUGCCAGCCAUCAGUCCGAGCACUUAAUUAAUCCAAUUAAUGGGUAAAGUUCAGCAGGUAGAGUAGAUACAUAACACUCUCUCUCUCUUUCUCAAACACACGCUAAUCCUCCGCAGACCGUUGAUGACGACUCUUUUCUUGAUUUAUCCUCAUUAGGACAGACUCUGACGUACACACUUCCACUUGCCCGGCGUAAAUGCCUGUCCUGUAUUAAUUUAGUAGCUUCGUGGAACUGAUUAUCCUGAACUCUUAAAUGGAGCGUCCUUCUCGAAGACUCCUUUGAAGGCGUUCUUGGUGUUAAAUUACAGAUUAGUCCAAUAGUUUCUGAGGUUUUUUAAAGUAUCAGUAGAUGCUUUUUAGAAGAACUAGAAAGUGUUAAAGCAAACUGAAGAUCAUAUAAAUAUGUACCUACUUAAAAUAGGAAUUCAAUAGAAAUGACAUUUAAGCAAAUUUGUGUUUAUGAUAGGUCAUAGUUUAACGUAAAAGAUGUCUUUUGGGAAUGUAUCAUGACAAGGGUUUUCUUGAACUCUUUCUCCAGGUUUCAGUCGGGCGGGAUCAUCAGACGGAUUACAUGUAAAUACACAUGCUCUCUGAACGGCUGGUGACCUUGGAGAGGAGGAGGCUGAGAAACACACAGUGAGCAGCAAGAGACAGGAUUUAGACCGAAGAAGGUCUGCGCUCCUUCUCUUGAAGGUACGGAUCUAGGAGCUUUAAACAUCAAAUAGCCGACUAUUUGAUCAGUUCGGCUGCAUUAAUCGCACAGAAAUGCAUCCGGCCAGCUCAAGAAAGAGCGAGGGGCUUUUCUCCUUCUUCUUCUGUGCCAUCUGUCUUGCCGUGAGCGCUGGGACAGGAAUGCCGGGUUCAGACUACAACCCUCAUCCCCGCUUCAUCUGCACCCCGAUCCCGGCCGAUGCCGAUCCCGGGUGUUUUCCGUCAGCGGGCGGCCCCGGGGGCCCCGGGGGCCCGGGACACCACGGCGGGAACAGCAACGGCUGGUGGGGGAUGUCCGAGGAGGCCAAAGCCACGAUCCUGCACCUGCGGGAGAGUCUGGUGCAGCAGAAGGAAACCAUCCUGGACCAGAGGGAGACCAUCCGGGAUCUGACGGCCAAACUGAACCUGUGCGAGGGUCUGAGCCGCACGCCUGCGCAGCUGGCCCAUCACGCCCAUCACGCCUACCCCACAGCACCCCACGCCGGGCCCCUCGGGCUGGAGCUGGGUCACUACGGCGACGUGGUCGGAGGGCAUCACGCCGGGAAAGGUGCUCUGAGUGAGAAGCACGUGACGGAGGAGGUUCCUUCGCCCUCGUCCACGCCGGAGCAGAUGAGCAAGAUGCUGCAGAGUCUGAAGCAGCGGCUCGACAACCUGCAGACGAGAAACACCUCCAGCAGCUACUCCAGCUCACUGAAGGACCUCCUGCAGAGGAAGAUCGGCGCUCUGGAGCAACAGAUGCAGCACCAUCACUCCACUCACAGCGACCACGAGGAGGAUGAGGUCGGUCACCACGGCGACGAUCACCAUGACGACAGAGACCACGACGACAGCCACAGCGACCACGCCGAUCCUCACGACGAGAGCCACCACGCUGAUCACCAUGAUGACGAUCACCACGGCGACGAUCACCACGAUGACGAUGAUGAUCACCAUGGCGACGAACACCACGAUGGCAAUCACCAUGGCGACGAUCGCUACGAUGGCGAUCGCUACGAUGGCGAUCACCAUGGCGACGAUCGCCACGAUGACAGCCACCAUGAUGACAACAGCCACGACAACGGUCACCAUGACAACGAGGCUUCGGAGCACGGCUCCGCGAGGUUGUCGUAUAACCUGCAGGGUCACAGAGAAGCACAGGGUGCUGGAGCACACAGUAAACUGGACGCGGUGCUCAGUCAGCUUCAGCACAGGCUCACCGACACGGGUUCUAGAAAGAAGAGCAAAGAGGCUUUCCAGAUCGGCUUCCCCAUGAGAACUAACUACAUGUACGGGCGAGUGAAGCGCACGCUGCUGCACGAGAUCUUCUCCUUCACACUGUGUCUGUGGAUGAAGGCUGGCAUCGCCCCGGGGCUCGGGACACCCUUCUCGUACUCCGUGCCUGGACAGGCCAACGAGCUGGUGCUCAUCGAGUGGGGAAACAACCCCAUGGAGCUGCUGGUGGAUGACAGAGCCGUCACUCUUCCGCUCUCAGUGAGUGAUGGUAAAUGGCACCAUGUGUGUGUGACGUGGUCGACGCGGGACGGUCUGUGGGAGGCCUAUCAGGACGGAGUGAAGAGAGGAUCGGGAGAAAACCUGUCACCCUGGCAUCCCAUCAAACCUGGAGGAGUCUUCAUACUGGGACAGGAGCAGGACACACUGGGCGGCCGCUUCGAUGCGACGCAGGCGUUCGUUGGUGAAGUCUCAGACGUUCAGAUGUGGUCUCACGUUCUCACGCCGCAUGACAUCUACAGCCUGGCGUCGUGCGGGGGUCACAUGACCGGCGACAUCAUCGCCUGGGCGGAGUCAGUGGUGGAGCUGCACGGCGGGGUCACCAAAUACCCCUUCGACCCCUGCCAUUAAAGUGCUCUGACGACUCGUAAUCCGGUUUCGAUGCGAAAUUCGUUCAUAAUCACUUCAAAUAUAUUGCCUUCCGUUUAUACAAGAAACUUGAAUGACCCCGUGACCUCCAGGAUUUCAGCAGGGACCCGUUUUGUAUUGUUUUAGUGUUUUGCUCAGAGAAUGUUUUCUUACUGAACUUUUAUAUUUGUAUUCUAUAAAUGGCUUUUCGGUGCCAUUGAACGUUCGAUGCAAGCAUAUGCCAUAUUGUCAUAACUUGAAUAGAAAAGCGUAGAUCACGAAUAGGACAGAAGUGCUAUGAAUGUAGAUGUAAAAAAAUAGAGAAGAACUCUAGCUGAGCAGUUCAAAGACUGAUUUUCUUGUACUGUAAGAAGAAUCUGAAGAUACAGCGACACCAAAGAGAAGAGUCAUGUGUUUGUACAUUGUUUUGUUUUUUCUAUAAUUAAAGUGUAAUUGAAAUCGGUAUUUCCUAGGUUUGACUGUACUGUCCAGACGUUCAAAUAUUUAGCCACCUCGAAACAGAGCUAAAUAAGCAGCUGUUCUGAGAUGCUUUACAGAUUGUUGUGAUUCGAUUUAGGUUUAAUGUGCUGUUAAUUUACUUAAAAGAUCAUUUUACACUAACGUUUGCGUAUCUGUAUGUAUGUUUUGAUUAACCUGUUUUCAUUUGUUUACAGUUUUGAAAGCAGAAAUGCAAUAAAGC